GGACAACAUUUGCCAACAAUCCAAGAUGGACGCCGGACACUGGCCUGAAAAACGGGCAAAACUCGACAACGGAGACGAAGGGCAGACUUCUGGUUCAUACCUGAAGGAAGGAGACAUGGGAGGCACCAUGGAGGUGAUUUUCUCAGUAAAGGAGGAGGUGGGAGCCUUGGCCAAGGCACUCAGGCUGUUCGAGUCGCACAAGAUCAACCUGACCCACAUCGAGUCGCGGCCCUCCAAGAGGAACCGUGACCAGUACGAGUUCUUCGUGAGGUUUGACCCCGAGGCGGCCGGCGUGAAGUCUGCGCUGGAGGCCCUGAGGUCGACCGCGGCCUCCGUACAGGUCCACAGCAGGGACACCACCACCGAGAACACUGUUCCGUGGUUCCCACGAAAGAUUUCCGACCUGGACAGAUUCGCCAACCAGAUUCUGAGCUAUGGAUCAGAGUUGGACUCUGACCACCCAGGUUUCACAGAUGCCGUGUACAGAGCUCGCCGCAAAGAGUUUGCCGACAUUGCUUUCAACUACAAACAUGGCCAGCCCAUUCCAAGAGUGGAGUACACUGAAGUAGAGAUCAACACAUGGCGCAAAAUCUUUACAGAGUUGAGGAAGCUGUACCCGACUCACGCCUGCCGUGAACACAACUAUGUCUUCCCUCUGCUGAUGGAGAACUGUGGAUUCAGGGAGGACAACAUCCCACAGUUGGAAGAUGUCUCCAACUUUCUCAAAGAUUGCACGGGUUUCACCCUGCGUCCUGUAGCUGGCCUGCUGUCCUCCCGUGACUUCCUGGCAGGCCUGGCCUUCCGUGUGUUCCACUCCACCCAGUACAUCCGACACCACUCCAAGCCUCUCUACACGCCUGAACCGGACGUCUGCCACGAGUUACUCGGACACGCACCGCUGUUCGCUGACCCCAGCUUCGCACAGUUCUCACAGGAGAUUGGGUUGGCGUCUCUCGGCGCGCCGGAUGACUACGUGAUGAAGCUGGCAACGCUGUACUGGUUCACGGUGGAGUUCGGGAUGUGUCGGCAGGACGGGGAGAUCAAGGCGUACGGAGCGGGGCUGCUCUCGUCCUUCGGAGAGCUACAGUACUGUCUGACUGAUAAACCAGACAUUCGACCCUUUGAGCCGGAGAAGAUCUCGGUGACCAAGUACCCGAUCACUGAGUACCAGCCCAUCUACUUCCUGGCCGACAGCUUUCAGGACGCAAAGGAGAAACUCCGUACGUGGUCCCACACCAUCCCCCGACCCUUCUCGGUGCACUACAACCCCUACACGCAGUCUGUGGAGAUCCUGGACAACAAGGACCACAUCGUCAACCUGGCAGCCAACAUCAAAGGUGACUUUGACAUCUUGGUGGAUGCACUGCAAAAAGUCAAGAUGUAAAAAAUAAUCUUCAA